AGGGGUGGUCGAACGCCGCUUAAACUUUUUUUUUUAAAAAACUGGGUUAAUAUUUCAUCGUUUAAUUCAAUUACAGAGGUCGCUAAGCCCGGGGGCGGUGGAACUGCGUUUCUUUUAUAAGGGCGGUGGAGCCAUUCGCUCGCUCUAUCUCUCUCUCGCUCGCAAGCCAAGAAGGAGAGAGGAGACAAGAGGAGGGAGAGACAAGAGAGGGAGAGACAAGAGAGGGAGAGGGAGGGAGGCAGAGAGAGGGCUGCGAACGUGGACCGGCAGCUUACUCAAGACGCCAUUGAGAAGAAUCAAAACCAAAUCGAGCGGGGGUCAAUGGAUGUCGCGAUUCUUCUGAAAUCCGCUGUGUGAACAUUACAUCUGUGAAUCGCGUACUCUGCAUUGUUCGCUGGAACGCUCACCUCUUCUUCACCAUGGGAGAAUGGAGCUUCCUGGGGGACCUCCUGGAGGCGGUGAAUGCACACUCCACCAUGACCGGUCGUUUGUGGCUCAUGAUCUUCAUCAUCUUCCGCGUCCUAGUCAUAGCAACUAUCGGCGACAACCUCUACGAGGAUGAACAAGAAGCUUUUAUAUGCAAUACCCUGCAACCAGGCUGCAAUCAGGUCUGCUACGACAAGGCCUUCCCAAUGUCGCAUUUCCGCUUCUGGGUAUUCCAGAUCGUGGUUCUGGCUGCACCCUCGCUCUCUUUCAUUGCCUUCGCUAUACACAGCCAGACCAAGGAGGAGAAGGCAGAGAGGAUUGUUGAAAAGAAACCAUUUCAAAGCAUGGAGGAACAGAAAAAGUGGGAGAAAAGCCGGUCCAACAGGGAGGCGAGAAGACACGCCAUGUAUGCUGUGCAUGUCGUUCUCAAGCUGGUGCUGGAGAUCGGCUGCCUCGUGAGCCAGUACUUUGUCUACGGGUUCACCAUCAACGCCCACUUUCCGUGCGAGCGCUUCCCGUGCCCCAACAAGGUGGACUGCUUCGUGUCGCGUCCCACAGAAAAGAACGUCUUCCUCCUCUACUACUUUGUGGUGAACGUUUUCUCCGCGCUUCUGUGCUUCGUCGAGAUCAACCUGAUCGGGCUGAAGACGCUGCGUCGCAGGCUCAAGCACGUGGUGGGCACGGACUCGGACGAAGAAUAUAAUCAUGCUCCGCCAUCAUUCAGUUCCGCCGUCACCUUCCCUGACACAAAGAGGAUGAACGGCCACGUCGUCAGUGUUGCCAUGCAGAACAUAGACCACCUCAGCGUCUCCACUCGAGACAUAAGCAGGCAGCAAAACAUGAGCAAUGCAGCUCACGAAAAUUCCACAAGCAUGAUGGAGCCUCUGCUCAUGGAGAUGCAGAGGCAGUCGGAAAAGUCAGGCAAUGGUCUGAUCCGGAGCAGGGCUGGCUCUCAGUCAGUGUUGAGCACCUGAAUGAUGAGACACCUAAUCGUGCUAUGAAAAGCAGACAAAUUAUACAAUGAAACAUUCUCUAGACAUUCCACCUCUCCAUUCCAUACAUUACUUCAUCCCCAUCUGCUAGAAUAUUUAGAAAAGUUUCAUUUUAUAUCUCGCAGAAAAUGGUGGAUACGACAAGCCUCUGAGAUGCACCCGAUUUUAGACCCAAUGGUGUUUUCUGAAUCCCUACACAUGAUAAAAUCUGUUUUUUUCUCAUAAUAUUGCCGUAAAAUAAUGUUAUGUAUAAUUCAUUCGUGUAGGGUAUGGUGGAGAGGUAGGCGAUGGAAGGUGAAAAUGGGUUAAUGCUAGGUAAGUUUCAAACAUUAUAAUAUGAAACAUUUUCUCAAGAAGAUUAUUGCUGAGAAUAGGUUAUCUGGCAACAAUCAUUUUGUGUUAAGAUGUUAAAACACCAAACUGAAACCUUUUACAAGGAAUCAUCAUGUCUGCAUUAACCACAUAUACUUGUGGUCUAACACCAUUUGAGUUGUCUCUGGUGUGGACCAAUCAAUUUCAAAGACAAUGCAUAUAUUAUCAGAGUAUGUUUUUUGUUUGCAUUCUGACUACAAGUUUAUGUGGUUAAUCCAGACAUGAUUCCUUGUAAAAGGUUUCAGUGUGGUGUUUUAACAUCUUAACACCUUUGGUUUUUUUCGGUAAGUC